AUGCUUUGCAUUGCAAUCAUCAUCUUCCAAAGUAGAAAAUGUGUGGUGCAGGGCCCUCUUUUAGCAUCUAGAGGUAUUGAGACUGCAAGUGAAGUGAUCGUGAAUCUCCUUUCGACCCACGACCAUCCAACCACGCUCUUUCGUCCCCAGUGCUUCUUUCAACACUUGGACACCAGAUCGCAAGGAUCAGUCUUGCUGACUUCAACGGCCCUGCCGUCCACUCAGACGCUGUUACAGGACAAUCCUGGGCAUUUCCUCAAUGGCACGGUCUGUGUUGCUGACCGCCAAAUCAAAGGAAGAGGUCGCGGCCAGAACACAUGGGUGUCGCCAGAGGGCUGCCUGAUGUUUUCUACCAGUGCUCACUUGAACAUCCAAGGUCAGAACCUGCCCUUUGUACAAUAUGUUGUCUCCCUUGCCCUUGUGCAAGCCGUGCAGGAACAAGCAAAGCACCGCUUGAAGGGUAACGAGGUGGAUGUGCGCAUCAAGUGGCCCAAUGAUAUAUAUGGGCACCAGCUCAAGAUUGCAGGCAUCUUGUGCCAGUCAGCAUACCGCAAUCAGCAGUUUCAGGUGGUCAUUGGCAUUGGCUUGAACCUCAGCAACAGAGAGCCCACAACCUGCGUGGAUGCUCUCAUCGAGGAAAAACACCGCGAGUUGGGUCUGGAGGGAUCGCCCCAGCCAGUGCUGCUUUGUGGGAUCCUCAGUCGGCUGGAGCAGCUUCUAGAAGUUCUGCUGAGCAGCGGCUUUGAGCCGCUGCAGCAAGCAUACCUUGACGCAUGGCUGCACACAGGGCAGAAGGUCGUUCUUGAAGAGCAGCAGGGAGGCACCCUGCAUCAGGUCCCCCUGGUGAUUCUGGGCCUGACCCCCAAUGGCUACUUGAGGGCACAGAACGAGAGUGGGGAGCAAUACGAGUUGCAUCCUGAUGGCAACAGCCUCGACUUCUUCAAAGGACUUGUGAGGAAGAAAGCCUGA